UUGUUAGAUGUUGUGAUAUGUUCAGCCGAAGUCUGGGGCCAGCAGACGACCUUCCUGCACCUCGCUGAUGGAGGUGGCAAGUCCCGAGUUCGCAACCAUGUCCCUAGUGGCGCAGCACCUCAAGGGCAUCACCUCGCCCGUCUUCGAGGGAGAUGAAUCUCCAGCGCAACAAUCUUCAGCGGAAGGCAAGUCUAAAUCGAGCAGCAGCGCGAUCAAAAUCUAUUCGAUCCCCGUCCCUUCUGGCGACGAAGGAUCAGCACCAACUGGAAAAAGAACUGGAACUGUUGAUCCAAAUUUGUUGCGGAAAGCAAGCGAGGUUCGAGAUAACAUGGCGGCUAAUAAGAGCUGUCCAACCCUGAAGAUCCAGCAGCACGAUGAAUAUGUCGUGUGAUUUGUUGAAUUAACCCUCUGAUUACUGAGGUUAUCUUCGUUACAUGACCUUUUGUUACGAAUAACAUUUAGGACGGGUAAUGUAUCCGUCGACAUAAGGUUAAACCUUCAACGACUGAUGGUAACCCUCGUUGCCAGGUAAUUAUCGUUUAAGCUAAUACCAAAUUACCACGGGAAGUUCUAAAAAGUAUUUAUUUGUGCACAUAUUUUUUUGUUCAUUAUUCCAACAUUAUUCUAGUGCGCACGCUCUACGCCCAGAAUUCACUGAACAGAAUUUCAUUCACAAAAAUUUGAGUUAUGUCAAUAUUAUUAUUACAAUGUGUUUAAUGUAGGAAUAACAAUAUAUCUAUAAUAAAUAAAAUAUGUUUUCACAUCAAUUCACAGUAAAAUGAA